AUGGCAGAGAGAAAACUACCACGAGGAUGGGGAAAGUAUGAGAGCAAGAGAUAUAGCCGGCAUUAUUAUUUUAAUGUUUAUACCAGGGAGAGCCAGUGGGUUCAUCCUAGCAGAUGUGCUCCCCGGGUACCAGGCAAAGGCCCACAUGAAAUACAGUGCUGUCAUUUACUUGUGAAACAUAAGUGCUCAAGAAGGCCAGUUUCUUGGAAGCAGGAGCCAAUUACACGCUCCAGAGAGGAGGCUCUAUAUUUAAUAAACUUCUUACGUAAAUGUAUUCAAUUAGGAAAGGCAUCAUUCUCAGAAAUGGCACAAAAAUAUUCAGACUGCCAUUCAGCAAAGACUGGUGGUUACCUUGGGAUCUUUCGUCGAGGUGUUAUGGAGAAAGCAUUUGAAAACAGUGCAUUUUCACUUAAAGUGGGUGAGAUCAGUGAACCGGUCUUUACCAAAUCAGGGAUUCAUCUGAUAUUACGUACUGCAUAA